AUGGCUUCAGUCGCGCUCAGAACCUUCCGCAGUCGUGCACGAUUUCCUAGGACGAGGGCCAUGAUGACAGCGGCAGCCACUGCAACUCGCAAGGCGAAAGAGGAAGGCUCGAUAGCGGGCAUCUUCACCUCCCUUACUGGGGAAGAACACAAUGCCUUGCCAGAGCGGUUCAAGGACCUGAAGAAGGAGCUGUGGAAGGAUGAUCUGGUAGAGAGCUGGAGGGAGGUUCUGGCUGAGUUGGAGACUGCGACGGAAGAGGUGGCGUCGAUUGGUUCAGAAAUGGUACCCCGCAUAGCAUAUAGUGACUUGCAGGCAAGAUUGUCAGCAGACCAGGUCGAGGCAAUCAAGAAGACUGGGACUGUCAUUAUCACUGGAGGAGUUCCCAAGGAGGAAGCGUUGGGUUGGAAGCAAGCAAUCAGAGAUUACGCCGUGACCAACGCAAGCCGUGUAAAAGGUUUUCCCCCAGACAACAUCCAAGUCUUCGAGAUCUACAAUUCCAAAGCCCAAGUACAAGCGCGUACCCACCCCACCCUGAUAAAUACCCAGCGGUUCCUUCUCUCGCUCUGGCACACCUCGGACCCUCAGACCGAGAUUAGCCUGCAAACGCCCAUCUCGUACUUUGACCGCCUGAGGAUCCGCCAGCCGGGCGACGCCAAAUUUACCCUGGGCCCGCACGUCGAUGGCGGCUCGGUCGAGAGGUGGGAGGACAAGGGGAUGCAGAAGGUGUUUGGGAGUAUUCUGAAGGGUGGGAGUAGCUGGAAGAAACAUGACCCGUUCGACGCGACGCCGCGAAUUGGAGCGAAGCAGGAUUUGUAUCAUGCCUCGAACGCAUGCUCGAUCUUCCGCUCUUGGCAAGGAUGGACUUCGCUUUCCAGCACCGGACCCAACGAAGGCACUCUCCGUGUCCUCCCCAUGCUAAAUCUCUCGUCGGCAUACAUUCUCCUUCGCCCGUUCUUCCGCCCUUUGAACUCGCUCUCCGACUCGCUGAAGUUCGAAGACUGGACGGUCGACCUUGACUCUUCUGCUUUCCCUGGUAGCAGCAUUGGGAAGACGCAGGAGCUGAACGAGAAGACACACCCGCAUUUGAAGCUUGGGAAGACGAUGGUGUCAAUCCCGAGGGUUGAGCCUGGGGAUCAGGUUUACUGGCAUUGCGAUACUGUACACGCCGUCGAGAACCAGCACCGUGGGCUCGGCGACUCGUCCGUUUUGUACAUCCCCGCUGUCGCCCUCACCGUCCACAACGCAAGCUACCUUCGUGACCAGCGCAUCAAUUUCUUAGCCGGUCUUCCCGCUCCUGACUUCCCCGGUGGCGAGGGUGAAUCGAAGUUUGUCGGAAGGGGCACGAUCGAUGACAUUUCCACGCAGGAGGGCAGGAGGAUGUUCGGCCUCGAGCUUUUCGCUGAUGAGGCCGCAAAGGGACUUUCACCUACUUUCGUAGAGAAGGUCAAUCACGCGCUGAUGUAA